GCAAGGUUUGAAAAUCGGUGUUGACAUUUUCCACUGUCAUGCUGAGUAUGUUAACAACUGUCAACCACAACGGUGUUUGGUUUACAAGAAAAUUGCACAUUACCGUGAUUGUAAAAAACAGACAUCUCCCACUUAUUUUAAUAGUGCUUGUGCUAGUUCGAAUAGUUUGUGUUAAGCUAUACCAUGUCCGAUAUUCAAACGUUGAUAGAUAUGGGCUUUCCCAAGGAGAAGGCUGAACGAGCGCUCGAAGUGACCAACAACAAAGGUGUAGAACAGGCCAUGGAAUGGUUGCUUGCGCACGCUGACGAACCACUGCCACCCGCGUCCGAUGCGGCUGGUGAUAGCACGAGCUCGGUUACUGAAACACCGGAUGACACAUCGGCUGGAGGAUCGACAGACGAGCAAUCGGCGGCCGUAGCGAAAUCGCUCAAAUGCGACGAGUGUGGCAAGUUGUUUAAAUCCAAGGAGGAGGUAGAGUUCCAUGCGGCCAAAACGGAACACAGCAGCUUCUCGGAAUCGACCGAGGAGAAGAAACCGCUCACGGAGGAAGAGAAGAAGGUGCAGCUCGCCCUGCUAGAGGAGAAGAUGCGCCGCAAGCGGCAGGAACGGGAGGAAAACGAAAAGAAGGAAGCAAUGGAGCGGGAGCGGCUGCGCAUUAAAUCUGGCAAGGAUAUGCUGGAGGCACGGCGUAAGAUGGAGGAACAGGAGAUGAAAAAAUUGAUGGACCAGCGUAAGCGCGAAAAGCUGGAAAGUCAGCAAGCGCGGGACCGUGUACGGGUGCAGAUUGAGGCAGAUCGGGCCGCCCGGAAAGCGAAAGAGUCCUCUGGGGAGACCACGGCCGUAUCACCAACCUCCACAACGAACAGCCCUUCGCCGGCACAGAAGCCAACGUCCACUACACCAACGAAACCGACUGAGACGAAGACCUACACCACGGCUAAGAUUGCGAUUCGCAUGAUGGAUGGUACGCAGCUGGUGGAAACGUUCCCGGCCGGCCAGCAGUUGAGCGCCGUGCGGCUGUUCGUGCAGCAAAAGAUGGAUUCGAUCGAUGCGUCCUUUGGGCUAAUGACUAACUUCCCGAAGAAGGUGUUCAGCGCCGAGGAGUACGACAUGCCGCUGGAUAAGCUGGGUCUUGUGCCGAACGCGGUACUGAUCGUAACAAAAGCACCCUAGACAUUUAGACAAAGAUGUUUGUAUAAAAUCCUUAACCAAGGCGAUUAUCGGUUCGGUUUGUGAUGUAACUGCGGUAUAAAUCUAUAUAAAAACGAUCUCUUUGAUUGCGAAUGUCGAUACUAAUGUGUGUAUGUUUUGGGAAGAAAUCGAGGUUUUUAUUCAACCGAUUGAGCGUAAUAAUCAACUUAAUCU